UUCAAUUCAUAAAACAAAUUAAUUCAUAAACAGUGCUAGUUGAUGUUUGACAAAGCUCAAGUAUCUACUAACAUAAGAAUGAAAAUCGCUCUGGUGUUUUUGUUAGCUGCUGCAGUGUCAGCGGCACCUAACACUCCUCAGACACACGAGGUUUUGGAGUUGGAUUACGAGUCGUUCGCUAGAGACACACCAGAAAGCAGGAACUUUCUCAUCAAUGUCUUGAUCAAUCAGUUAUUCAAUUUCAUUCGCAACGUUAUCGCUAAUGGUUCACCAAUUUUUGGAAUCCCACCUCUCGACCCUUUGAAACUCGGUCAGAUCCACCUGGUCGUGCCUGCUGGUCUCAUAAACUUGGACUUAAAGUUACAAGAUGCCGCAGUUAGUGGAAUCGGAGGCUUCCUAGUACACAGGUCUAAUUUAGACUUGUCUAAACUAUCCUUUGACAUCGAGAUAUCCGUGCCAUACCUAAAUGUCACAGCGGGUGGCUAUGAUCUUGAUGGCGAUAUUUUAACAGCUAUUCCAAUUUACGGAAAAGGCAGAGCUGAAUUCAUCGUCGAAGGAUUCAGAUUUUCAGCAAAACUUUUCCUGAAACAAUCUGAUAAUAAGGUUUCUGUGAUCCUGGACCGAAUUGACAAUAUUGAUUUUGACAUCCCGUCCUUCAAGUCCAAAUUAACUGGCGCUAUCGGAGGUGGAGAUAUAGAUGGCAUCGUUAACUCCGUUGUAGAAGACGUCAUUAUCGAUUACGUCCUGCGGUUCCGUGGUGCGAUAUCCAAGGCGGCUGAAUUAGUAGUCUUGGAAGUAAUGAACCCGGUUCUUGAGCAGUUGGACACCUGGCGCUUCCUUGCUCCUCUCUUACCACGAGUGUAAAUAUAUUGAUUAAUAAAUGCAUUUAAAAAGUUUAA